GUUCUUCCUCCAACCAGGUGUACACGGACCAGCGCAAGCACCCACUGCAGGACGCGGGCGUGACAGAGACAGGAAGGGUUGUGCAGCCCAUGCUAGAAAUCCACAAUGAGCCUCCCUAAAAGGGUCUCCCUCUGGACCAUGGUGGAUGUGUUUGACUGGGUCAAGGAGAAGCACCCCUACCAAAAGAGUGUCCUCCAAAUGGCCAUCGUGAAGCAUGACAUAUCCGGCCGAGCUCUGCUGAUGAUGGGUGAGCACCAGUUGGAGAGGAUGGGGGUGAAGGGGGAGAAUCUUCAGGACAUCCUACUGGACAUUCUUCACCUCAGGGUCCAGGAGGAACUGGAGAACCUCAACAACCUCUUCUCUGUUUGAAGGAAGUUGAAGGUCGUUUCUGGAUACAUUGCUAACUGGCGUUAGCACAAUGACUGGUCCUCUACUGGAGCAGCUAGCAUGAUUUCAUCUGACUCUGAGUAAGUAGAAAAAAGGAUUGAUUGCCAGAAUGACGAACUAUCCCUUUAAACUAUCAGGAAUACAGUUGUAGCCUAUAUCAACGGCAUCUUCUUUGAUGAAGAAUUAACUACUGUAUUGUCUAAACUGUAUCAUAAAGGGACAGACAUCUACUGUGUCCUUUUAGAUUGCAUAAAACAAUUCACUUGUAGCCUAUAUCAGUUGGCUCAUAUAAACUCAGACAGUGCAAAUACUGUGAGAGAGUCAUACAAGGUUCCAUCAUCAGCCAACAUGAUUGACAGACAUGUAUUUCAUCAAGAGGGUUAGCUUAGAGAUACAUAUCCCCUGCCAAGAAUAGAUUGACAUCGAAAGAGAAGAGAAAGCCUCUGAUGGAUUAUUCAACAGAACUGAAAAGAAAAGACAGAACAAGUUACGUUAUUUGGCGUGGAUACAUAAAACAAGUUCAAGUUCAAUACUAUAGAUAAAAUACGUUCACCAGGGUAUUUGUUCACAGUGGGGUAUGCUUGCAUUUAAAAUGUAUUUUUAACCAAAGGUUUCUUUAUCGCUUUCUCUUUUGAGUGUUUCUCUUCAUGACUAGGAGAAGAUGUCUCUGAUAUUCUUAUGUUCCCCAUCUACUAUGUGGAGGUCUAGAGAAGACAAAAGCAUUUGCUUUCAGGAAUCAUUGACCUGAAGAAAAAAGGCCAGAUUGGUUUUGGCACAGUGGUAUUUUCACGGACACUUCUGUGAAUCAAGUCCUUGCCUCUCGCUCUGUGCUGCUCUUGCAGUCUUAUUUUUCACAAUACUCAAUACACUAUGUGGCAGUUAUUACAGAGGGAGAAUAUAAUUCCCCAUUGAACAGGGCAUCCCUCAUCUGGACUAAAUGUUGCCAUCCCUUACUCAGUGCUGAUUUGGCUAUCUAAUGGCCUGUUAUAUUACUCUCAGGAGACCCUGUGUGAAUUAGAAGGGAUAGUAAGUAAAUUAGUCUUGAGUUAAAUGUAGGGACACAUGGCCAUCAUUUAGAUAACAUCCCAAAUGCUGCUCCAAGCUAUUAGGUCUUUCACAGGGAAGGUAAUGGGGGAUCAUUUAAUGGGAGGUUUCCGGCAGAGACAAAAUGUCUAAUGUAUUUGCUUAUAAGUUCGAUGUUGGAGCAAAGAUGUUGUGUCUUCUGACUGAAAUUGGUGUCGUCAUCUUUAUUUGUCUUUUGUUGCUCCGAACCUCAUGCUUGUAAGAUGUCAGCUGUGUUUUGUAAGAUGUCAGCUGUGUUUUUCUGUCGAUCACAUACAAUACAAUCACUGACACAUCUUGGAAUGAAACACAACUAUGUAUAGAAACCGUCCAGACAGAGAUGUAUGUAUAGGCAGAGAUUUCCUCUUUUAUUUGGUGCCGAAUCAUAUUCAUAUUACUGUAACAGUCCAUUGUGUUAUCAUGUGUAUAUUAUAUGUGCUAGUUUAAAGUGCUGGUUUGGCAUAUUAAAGAUGUUUUCAAGUUGAGCAAAUAAAAGUGCUAAGUUUGCAAA